UUAUCUAAAAACUAGAAUAAUGAAAUUAGAUUAAGCUUUGCAACAACUCAGCUUAUCUUUCUAAGACAGACGACGCGUUUUAGUUCUUGAUUUGCCAACGCCACGCGUUGUUUACAUUGAUAGGAGUAUAUUCGUGCAUAGCUAAUCAGAAUGGCUUCCAGAGGAGGAGCUAGAGCUAAAGGGACUGAUGGAAAUGAUUUUGGUCAUCGUGAGACAGUCGCCUCUCAUUAUCAGAUUAGUUCGGUAAAUAAAAGAAGAUUGAAGAUAUGCAUCGCCUUCCAUGUCUUGCUUUUCAUCUUCAGUUUGCUGAAGCUCUCAAAUGCAAUAUUGAAUUUCUUUCAAAUUUCUUAUUCUCAUGUAUAUGAUGUAACUCUUCCAACUCCUGCUUUGUGGGAGUGGCUUUGGCUGAUUAGUAUUGUUUUUAACAUUCCUGCUGUCAUUGCUCUGAGGAAGAACUACAUUAUGCCAAUGAAAAUAUUUGCUGGUGGAAUUUUUGUAUGUGGUAUUUGUCCUUUAGUUGCUGCCAUAAUAUAUCAUUCUGGUGAUUUAAAAGUAUUUUUAAUGGCAGAAACUACUGAUAAAAGAAUUGACAGGUUUUAUAACAUUCCAGUUGUAUUAAUAUUAUGUGUGUUUGUUUCUAUAACAUUCCUAGUUCAUUCUUUAAGUCUGAUGUUUGCUUCCAACUUAAUGAGAGCUUGGACUCCAAAGAAAGGGAAAAAGAAGAUGUAAUUUUUGCUCAACUUGCCAAUAAAAAAAAAGAAUUUUUUAUUAUUA